AACCAACAUAUAUUUACAAAAUCAGAAAAGCCUUCACAAAUUAAAAAAAUGAUAGAGUGGGAAGAUAUAUAUAAGGUGGUGGCGGCCAUGACGCCACUUUAUGUCGCACUUAUUUUAGGCUAUGGUUCAGUAAAAUGGUGGCAUAUGUUCAAGUCAGAACAAUGUGAUGCAAUUAACAGAUUCAAUUGCUUCUUCAUCAUCCCAUUUUUCAAUUUUGAGUUCAUAGCUAAUUUCGAUCCUUACAACGUCAACGGCCUCUUUUUAACCGGAGACGUAAUUUCAAAAGCCUUACUGAUCGUAAUUCUCGUCUUAUGGGCUAACUUUUACAAAAAAGGGAACUUUUCUUGGUCCAUAACGACAUUUUCUUUGUCCACUUUGAAUAACACACUUGUUGUUGGUGUUCCAUUGAUGAAAGCCAUGUAUGGGAAAUUAGGGGUUGAUCUUGUAAUUCAAGCAGCUGUUAUUCAAGCUUUGUUAUGGCUUACUUCAUUGCUAUUUGCACUUGAAUUUUGGAAAACAAAGAUGAAUUCUAAUGGUAAUUCUGUUGAACUGAGUGAUUUGGAAGGAAAUAAUACUCCAGUGAGGAAUAUGGCUUUUGGGCCUUUGAUUAAGGCUGUUUCUAUUAAACUUGCUAAGAAUCCCAAUUCUUAUGCUUGCUUUCUUGGUCUCGUUUGGGCUCUUUUAGCUAACAGGUGGAAUUUUGAAAUGCCAAGCAUCAUAGAGGGAUCCUUCUUGAUCAUGUCAAAGGCUGGUAGUGGUGUUGCAAUGUUUAGCAUGGGACUUUUCAUGGCAUUGCAAGGGAAAAUAAUUGCAUGUGGAACAGCUUUGACAAUAUAUGCAAUGAUUUUGAGGUUUGUUGUUGGGCCAGCAACAAUGGCACUCGGUUGUGUUGUAUUGGGCUUGCAUGGAAAUGUUUUACGUGUUGCUAUUAUCCAGUCAGCAUUGCCCCAAGCAAUCACUUCAUUCGUUUAUGCCCAAGAAUAUGGACUACAUGCAGACGUACUCAGCACUGCGGUCAUUGUUGGUACCGUUAUUUCCUUACCGUUGUUAAUAGCAUAUUAUGCAGUUUUGGAUAUUAUGCAUUAAGAUCAGGCUAUUGUCAUUAGUCGCUAGGAUUAAUGCUGUUAAGUCGAUAAAAUUUUGCUUAUAAUUGUAAAUGUGUAACAAAUUUUUUUAUAUAUAUGUUUACCCGCAAAAUGGUAUAAUUGAAUUUA